CAGCGGAUGCAUCGCUUCGAACUUCCGCAGCAGAAACCAAACCACAGCUGAUGCUGCAAGCAGAACCCCGCAGCCAUCAGCAACCAUGGCUGAGGGCAAGAGCGGGGCCGGGCUGUUCGCCAAGCAGGUCCAGAAGCACUUCAGCCGGGCACAGGAGAAGGUUCUGCAGAAGUUGGGCAAAACCAUGGAAACCAAAGACGAGCAGUUUGAGCAGAGCGCAAACAACUUCCAGCUGCAGCAGAAUGAAGGCAACAAACUCUACAAAGACCUGAAGGCUCUUGUCGGCGCAGUGAAAGUGAUGCAUGAGAGCUCACGAAAAGUGACCGAAACGCUGCAGGAGAUCUACAGCACCGAAUGGGAUGGACAUGUGGAGCUGAAGGCCAUCGCAGACAGUAACGACUUGCUGUGGGAAGACUAUGAGGCGAAGCUGGGCGACCAGGCGCUGCGUCUGAUGGAGAACUACCUGGCUCAGUUUGGGGACAUUAAGGAGCGCAUCGCCAAACGCAGCCGCAAGCUGGUGGACUACGACAGCGCCCGGCACCACCUGGAAGCACUGCAGAACGCCAAGAAGAAGGACGAGGCCAAGAUUGCCAAGGCUGAGGAGGAGUUCAACAGAGCGCAGGCGGUGUUUGAGGAGCUGAACCGGGAGCUGCGGGAGGAGCUGCCCGUGCUGUAUGGGAGCCGCAUUGCCUGCUACGUCACCAUCUUCCAGAACAUCUCCAACCUGCGUGACAUCUUCUACAAAGAGAUGAGCAAGCUCAACCGUGACCUCUACGAAGUGAUGGGGAAACUUGACAAGCAGCACUCCAGCAAAGUCUUCAUCAUCAAAGGUGUCUCCAGCAACCGCCGCUCGCUGCUCAUCUCAGCCCCCGUCAGCCCCCCAGCCGUCUACCCUUGCCCGGAGAAGGCACCCAACUGGGACCCCUCAUCAGGAGAAGAGCAGACACCAACGACCCCCGGGGUGGGCAGCGGUGCCACUGAAGAUGUCCCCAAUGGCCCCGCAGCACCGGGUCCAGCUGAGCCGGGUGCCCCCAUGCCUGGACCCCCUCCAGCCUCACCCAUGAGUGUGGGGUCUGCGUCAGAGUCAGAGUGCAGCCAGGAGAGUCAUGAGAUCGACCUCAGCCCCAAAGAGAUGGAGGUGUCUGUGGGCAGUGGGUGCCCUGAAUGCCCCAAAACAGAGGGGGCUGCCGGGGGGGGAGUUGAGGGCAUCGCUGCAUCCAUGGCUUCCAUGAUCCUCUCCAAGGCCAUCGCUGUGGCCUCCGGUGCUGCUCUGGAGGACAGCGAUGGCACCGGUGGUGGGGACAGCAUCGACAGUGAGCCCAGCCCCGUGGAGGGGGCAGGGGAGGGUCCACCCACCGAGGGAUCAGUGGAGAGUGUGGAGGGGACAGAUGUGUCCCCAGAGGUGGGGCCGGACGCAGGGCCUUGUGAGCAUGGCACACCUGAACCACAGGAGCAGGACGUGAGCUGUGACCCCCCCCAGGACACCAGCGAAUCCCUCACCCCACUGUGACCCCCGCUCUGUGGCCCCCACCUCCAAAGUUGUGCAGGCAGUGAAGGGGGAGCAGCUUCAUGGCACUGCCUGCAGAUCACUGCGCCUAACCGUAAUGUGCUUCACAACACACAGUGCUGAAAUGAAAUAAAGGCAGAGGGCAGCGCCAGCACCUGGAAAUGCACUGAGAGAAGAGGUCAGAUUUUUUCAGACCACAGUUCCAUCCCCAGCGCCAAAUCUGGGAUUUGCACUGCAGCGGGGAUUGCAUACAGAUGGUGCAUCCCAUGCAAACCUUCGUGCUGCAAAGGUGCAGCUUUGGGGUGCACAACAGCUCCAUUCCCAGCACCAAAUCUGGGGUUUGCAUUGCAGCAGGCAUUGCACAUUGAUGGAGGACCCCACGCAAACAUCUGUGCUGCAAAGGUGCAGCUUUGGGGCUCCCCACGGAGCAGCUCCUGUGGGUCUUACGGACGGGUUCACAAAGGGGAUUUGUGCCCCACCUCCCUCCGGGCUCCACGUGUGUGCAACGCACUUUGCAACGCACUGCAGGCUGCCCCAUCCUGCACCAGCAAAGGGUUAAGCAGGAGGAAUUGCAGCUCUGUCAUCAUCAGGGGCAGUGGAACUGGAAAGGUGAGGCAGGAAGGGAACGCCCGGGCGAGGUCAAGGCUGCACUGCACUGCAUUACGCUGCACUGCACUGCAAGGAGCAGCACAUGGUGCCUGCAGCC